AGUGCAGAUGUGGGCGCCACAGGCCAAAAUCCUAACGCAGAGGAAGCUACUCUUGCGGAAACGCAGUCUCCUUCGUUCUCCUUUUAAUCGUUAACUUCAAUCUCUUAUUCCGUUUCCGAUUCUGCCCUCACCGUUUGUGUAAGAUGCUCGAGCCUCAUCAUGCAUUUGGUGGCUCCGAUGGAGAACCGUGACCCCAACCGCAGAAUUAAAAACCGAACCGGGUGCAUUUGCGCCGAAGCCAACGACUCAACCGAUGUUAUCGCUUGGGAGCCCAUGGGUUCGAUCAGAAGGCCCGAAGCCUGGUUCGUCAAGAUCACUUGCACCAUCUUCGUUCGCUCCAACUCGCUCGAACGCUUCUUCGGCUAUUUCAGUAAGCACCUAACCCCUUCGCUCGUUUACGACGUCGUUAAUAAGCUCAACGUUCCUAUAUUGGGUUUCAAGUUCUUCGAGUUCAGCAGAGACAAGUUGCGCAUUAACAGUCACUCUUAUUGGACUUACAGUUUUCUCUUGAGGUCUCUUUGUGAAUCCAAUCUUCACAAUUCCGCCAAAUUGGUGUAUCAUUGGAUGAGGUGUGAUGGGCAGGUUCCUGAUAAUUGGUUGUUAGGGUUUUUGGUUUCGUCCUAUGCGCUCGCCGGUCGGUUUGAUGUUUCCAAGGAAUUGCUUGUUGAUGUUCAGUGCAAUGGUGUUGUUGGAGUCAAUGUUGUUGUUUAUAAUGAAUUGUUCAACAUUUUGAUUAAACAGAAUAGAGUAGGUGAUGCUAUUGUUCUGUUUAGGGACCUUGUUAGGUUGCAGUAUCGACCGGUGACGCACACGGUUAAUAUUUUGAUGCGCGGGUUGUGCAGGGCCGGGGAAAUUAAUGAGGCUUUUAGGCUUCUUGAGAAUUUAGGGAGUUUUGGUUGUUUGCCGGAUGUAAUCAGUUAUAAUACUCUUAUGAAUGGACUGUGUCGAAUUAGUGAGGUAGAUAGAGCUAGAGGUUUAUUGAAUGAAGUUUGUUUGAAGCGGGAGUUGGCUCCUGAUGUUGUUAGUUACACGACGGUGAUAUUGGGUUAUUGCAAGUUGAGUAGGAUGAAGGAAGGGAGUUUGCUUUUUGAUGAAAUGGUUAGGAGUGGAAUUGAGCCUAAUACAUUUACUUUUAAUGCUCUUAUUGAUGGCUUUGGUAAGUUGGGGGACAUGGGUUCUGCGCUGGCCAUGUAUGAGAAGAUGGUUUUUUGUGGUUGUCCUCCUGAUGUUGCUACCUUCACUUCCUUGAUUAAUGGAUAUUUUCGAGCUGGACAGGUGAAACUCGCAAUGGAAAUGUGGCGUGAAAUGAAUGGUAGAAAUAUUUCUGCAAGCUUGUAUACGUUCUCUGUUCUCGUUAGUGGCCUAUGCAAUAAUAACAGACUACGUGAAGCUCGUGACAUUUUGAGACUAUUGAAUCAGAGUGGCGUUGUUCCACGGCCAUUUAUUUAUAAUCCUGUUAUUGAUGGAUAUUGCAAAUCUGGCAAUGUUGAUGAGGCUAAUAAAAUUGUCGAAGAAAUGGAGGGGAAUAGGUGCCAGCCUGAUAAGUUGACAUAUACAAUUCUUAUUAUUGGGCAUUGUAUGAAAGGGAGAAUGCGUGAAGCAAUUGGUGUCUUUGAUAAGAUGCUGGCAGUCAGUUGUGCUCCCGAUGAAAUCACUGUAAAUAAUUUAAGAUCCUGUCUUUUAAAGGCCGGAAUGCCUGGUGAAGCUGCCCGCUUCAAGAAAGCUCUUGGUCAGAGCUUGACCACGGGUACUUCAUCUUUAGAAAAAUCUUACCAUGAAAGCAGAAAUAUAAAAAUGCCUGUUGCUGUUUAUUGAAGUGCCAUUGCAGAACAGUGGUUAGACAUGGCCUUCUACCAUUAUGCCUUAUGUAAUGGGUGCAUGUGGAACAAAGGAAUGUUAUCAUUGGGCAGGGUGUCUAUUUUUUUUGGAGAUUAUCAGUAUUUACAUUUGCUUUGUGAUUCCCUCCAAGAUUCUGCUGUUCUGUUUCUGAACCUGGAAUUAGGUUAAGAGACAGUGCAUGUCCUAGGUUUUGGCAGUACCUGGAGAGGCCCCCGUUUCAUGCUUCCCCAUCCUCAACAUGACAUGGAUGUGGGUUAGUCAAUGAGUUUAGCCUGGUUGUCAGAAAGCUUAAAGCAUGCUGGAUGUCAAUGAUGUGUAACAAGCUAAGGUAUGUCAUGUUGGACGAGAUUUCAUGCUUGCAGUUCAAUUUAUCAUUGGCUGAUGUGGCUGACAGUUGGAUUUGAAUUCAUCCAUCGAAUAUGGUUUUCUAUUAAUCUUUUUUGGUUCACAUGAUUCCAAGGAGUUUCGACCUUGUGCUGAAAUUGUUGAUUCUUUUUAGACUGUAUUUCUGUGUAAAAAGAAAAGUAGGUUUCUUUCAAAAAGAAAAGAAUCAGCAUUUUUGUAUGGCUGAUUUGGUAAAUCCUCUACAUUUUGGAUGAUAGUUCAUGGACCACAUGUCUUCCGAGAAUUUUAUUUUUGGCUAUAAGGAGGCUGGUCCUUAAAUUCGAAGUCUCUGCUUCCAUUUUAAAUCUUGCUUUGUGCAGUUGGUUAAUUCUAUUAAUUUAAAUUUUUUAGUCAGAAAUCAAAUAAAAAGAGAAUCAUGUUAGUAGGCCGCUAACUUGAAAUUUUAUGGAUUCUUCAAGGACAUGGAUCAAAUAUUUAAAUGGAACUCUUCAAGUUGUUACAGAAACCUUUAUUUCUUAUUACAUGACAAUUUGUUGGUGUCAAUUUAUUUAUAUGACGUCAUCAAUUUUACUUUGGAUAAAGUUUCAUGGUUGUGUUUGGUUCGAACUUAGGAGCGCUCCGGAUGGGGAUAAAAUUCUGCAAAAACUGCUACUGUAAAAGCAAAUACUGCAAUGCAUACCAACUAAGAAAAAAAAAGUUACAUGUAUAAUGUCCCACUGGAUUCUUGGAAGGGGCAGUGGUGUGUGUACAACACUUCGAGAAUAUAAACAUAUAGCAAGGAAAAAAAAGAUCUAAAAUUAUUUGUGUAUACAACUCUUUUCAGUCUUUUAUAUUUGAUACUAAUUAUUUUUAUCUAGGAAAAAGAAAGCAGAAUGAGAACUGAACAUAAAAAUUAGUCUAUAGAUCACGUAUCGAAAAUGAGGGCUCAAUUCAUGUUUCGAUAU